UGGUCGGAUAUCUAUAACCGUAGUAAAUGCCAACCUCGAUGGGUCCUCCUGAAUCUCCUCCGUGAGUUUCCCCAGUUUUCAGAAUUCCUCUUCAAGCCAGCAUGUGUGUCAGUCCAGCGCUGUGCCGGAUGCUGUUUGGAUGAAGCUCAGAGCUGCUUUCCCUUGCAGUCACACAUUGUAAAAAUGGAGGUGAUUAUUACUGAUCAGGUUUAG